AUGGGGAUCAAAAUUAUGUCAAGUAUGCUUUUAAUAGCCUUGUUAGCCAGUAUAGCCUUGACUACAAAGUACCUUGAGAUUGCAAACGGCAGACUAAUACUCUCCCUACCAAAUGGGUUUGUCCAGAACCCAGUGUCAGAGACCCUCCCUAGACGACCCACAAGGAUGCUAGAGACUGUUAGCAGACGGCGAAGACCACCAGUUGGCACACCGCCACCACCACAGAGGGCUCCAGGACAAAUGCAACAAGCGCCACCACCUCCUCUUAUCUACAGCAUUUCCCAACCAGAUCUACCACCAACUCCUAGCACGGUGCCUCCUCCGUCACUGAUCAUGGAGUCACCCGAAGAUGAUAUCACUCCUCCAGCACCAUUAGGGAGGACAAAUCCUACACCAGUUCCUAUGAUCGAUGACAAUGAUCCACCUGAAGAUGAUUCCACUCCUUCAGCACCAUUAGGGGUGACAAAUCCAACGCCAGUUCCUAUGAUCGAUGACAAUGAUCCACCUGAAGAUGAUUCCCCUCCUCCUUUAGGUAUGACCAUUCCAUCUUCAGAUGGUGAUAUCGAUUACAUACCACAAGAAUUUCCAGGGGAUCCACCUACAGGUGAGCCCCUUCCACCGGAAGAUGAGACUGAUCCAUCAUCAGAUCCUACACUUGCUCCUAAUCCACCACCAUCACCAGUUACUGAUCCAAAAAAUGAUGCUACACCGAUGCCACCAUCUGAUCCACCGUCAGAUCCUACACUUGCUCCUAAUCCACCACCACCACCAUCACCAUCACCACCAAUUACUGAUCCAAAAGAUGAUGCUACACCGAGGCCACCAUCUAAUCCACCGUCAGAUCCUACACUUGCUCCUAAUCCACCACCAUCACCAGUUACUGAUCCAAAAGAUGAUGCUACACCGAUGCCACCAUCUAAUCCAUCGUCAGAUCCUACACUUGCUCCAAAUCCACCACCACCACCAGUUACUGAUCCAAAAGAGGAUGCUAUACCGAUGCCACCAUCAGAAGAAUAG